AUGGAGCAAAAAGAGCACCUGCUGCAGGAACAGCAGCAGCAGCAGCACACUGGGGAGAGCAGCCACGCGCUGCUGAAGAAAAAGUGUCAGCAAAAGCCUAGCUGCGAUGCAGCCCUCGACAUCGGUAGCAGCAGCAGCAGCAAGACUAGCAACAGCAACCGCAGCAAAUCUGAGAAGCUCAAGCUCAUCGGGGCCCUCUGUGUCUUUCUCUUUGGGUACUGUGGACAGCCAAUCCUUGUAGACUUUUGCCGUUACCAGGGCGUGGCAAGCGCCAGCACCUUCCUGUUUCUGCUGCCGCACUUCAUCGGAAUGCUCAUCGCCGGCAGUCUUCCGCUUUCUGCUGAUUCCAAGAGUCCCGAAUCCAGGGCCCAGCUACGGAACCCCCGUCUUUGGCGUCGAGCCUUCAGGCUGGCUCUAAUAGAUUUGAGUCACCAACUGCUAGAGAAGGCGGGCUUGGUGCUGUGCGGCUCUGGGGUGUACAUAUUGCUCAGCAGCACCUCCAUUGUUUGGACUGCUGUCCUCUCUGCCCUCAUUCUAGGCAGGAAAUUCUCACCUCUCCAAUACUUCAGCCUCUCCCUAAUCGUUGCGGGCGUCUCCAUUAAGGCAUCGAAUUUGUCACUCACCUUCAGCAGCCAGGAGUCUCUUGGAAUGAUCUUGUCACUACUUGCUGCAAUACUUCAAGGCCUGACCUUCGUGCUGAACGAACGCUUUAUGGAGGACGAAGACGCUCCCAUCACUGGCCUCAACCUGGUCUUUAUGAUGGGGUAUGUUGCUGUUGCUGCUGCAGCUGCUGUUGCUGCUGCAGCUGCUGUUGCUGCUGCAGCUGCUGUUGCUGCUGCAGCUACUGUUGCUGCCGCAGCUGCUGUUGCUGCUGCCGCCGCAACUGUCUAUGCUAUUGCGGUUGCAGAGUCUUAUUCCGUGUGCUGCGGGUGUUGUGUGCGUCAACAGGGCCAUCAGCACUGCGCUGCUGCUGGUGUGGACUUGUGUGUGGACGCUGCCCCAGGAGCUGUCACUUCGGGGGCUCUUAAAGGCUGCAAAGCAGCGGCAGUGGUCGUGCUAAGCCAUGUCCUUUUCUGCAGUGUGCAGGAGUCUCAGUGCAUAGGCGUGCGCAAAGGCAUUGCUGCGGCGAUGUGCGUUGCUGGCGUAGUGCUGCACUCUGUUCUCUGA